UUGGUUGUGGGCUUACUGGUGGUGCUGUGGGGGCCGGCAGAAGCCGUCGUCGGUGGAGAUCCCGCAGCGCCGCCCGAGCCGGAUUCUGCGGUCGUCUUCGUCCAAAAACAUGGCAUCAGCGCGCGUCUUGAAGGAUUUAAAAACGACGAACGUGGAUAUUUUACUUUUCUAGGCAUUAGGUAUGGUGAACCACCCAUGGGUUCUAGAAGGUUCCAGAGACCUGUGCGUCGUUUUCUCAGCGGAGAAUUGACUGCUAUGAAGCAAUGCUCGCCAUGUCCGCAAUUAGACCCACGAAAUCCUAGAAGAGUCAUUGGACAUGAAGAUUGCCUUUGCCUUAACAUUUACGCCCCCAAAAUGCCUGGAGAGGAAGAAGGUUGUCCUGUCGUCUUUUUCAUUCACGGAGGAAAUUAUAGAUCUGGGUCUAUUUCUCCUUACGGGGGACAACAUCUUGCACAAAAGGACACUAUUCUGGUUACUGCCCAAUAUCGCUUAGGAUCUUUAGGCUAUUUAAGCACCGGCCAAAGGGACGCUCCUGGAAAUGCUGGACUAUUUGACCUACGUGCUGCUAUGACAUGGAUACAAGAUUAUAUUGAAUUCUUCGGUGGUGAUCCGAAGCGGAUCGUUGUUAUGGGUCAAGGGUCUGGUGCUAGUGCAGCGUCCUUAUUAUCUUUGUCACCGGAAGGUCGCGGUGCUACAGGGGUGGCAGCCUUGUCCGGCGCACCGUUAUCCCCAGGCGCGGUGCGACCAGACCCUGACGCACACGCUCAAGAACUAGCAAAGAGAACGGGAUGUCCUCACAAACCGGCGGAACGACUUAUGAAUUGCUUAAGGAAGCUCUCUAUAGAACAAAUAAUACAGGCUGACAACGACAUGAACAUGGAUAUGGUGGACACCCGGACAUUUCUUGACGAAAUAUCUGGUAAAUCAGGAUCCGGCGCACGCGUGGAGGAGGAGGACGACAGACGAGCGCUCCCGCCGCUGGUGUCGGAGCAGCCGGCACAGUCGCUGCAGCGGAAGCGCCAGCACUGCCCGCUGCUCACAGGCGUCACUUCCGCGGAAACAUCGAAAGCUGUGUUCGGAAAGUAUGCGAAAUUCCUCAUCGAUCAGCUAAGCGCCGUUAAGGACUUCAUAAAGAAAGAUUUGAUUGGUGGUCUUCGCAAUGUCGUACAUGGGGUUGAGGGCCUGAUUCCAAUCAAUCCUGAGGGUUCGAAGUUGAUUUUGCCGUUACCAGACUAUUAUCAAGCUCUGUUUGACAGUUCGUUGAAGGCUAUCGAUGGACUGACACAAAUUGCCGAAGCCACUGGGGACGCACUCUUCAACUUCCCCGCAUACCAGAGUGUUCGUGCGUGGAGCACCGGCAGCCCGGCCUACCUCUACAGCUUCGAACAUGUUGGCAACCUCAGCAAAGGCUCGCACUUUCUACCUGGUGUCCCUCUCACACAGGGUGACGAUAAUAAUAAUUUAAAGGCACCAGUGAAAGGACCGUCGCAUGGAGACGAACUUGCAUAUAUUUUUGAACCAUUGGACGAGGAAGGGAAGCCACUUGGGUUAGAAGUAUCCUCCACUGACAAUCGCGUCCGGGAGUCAUUCGUGGGCAUUAUAAGCAAGUUCGCUCACAACUUGAGUCCUACACAGACGAAAAACAAUACGAAAUUAUUCGACUUCUUGCCUUUCUCACCUGAAAAUGACCAGUUCAUUAAGAUUUCUGAUAUAGUCACUAUGGAUAAGAACUUUAGAUUUUGUCAAAUGGGGUUGUGGGGCAACAUGGCGGAUAGAAUAACUGGAGCUUUUUGUAAAAAUGUUCUCGGCAGCAUCUUGAAUUUGCCAAAGUUAAACGUCCCGGUAGCGAUACCCAUGCCUCUAAAUCCGCCUCUUAAUCAAGGAUUGAACCUUCUAUCGCCACAUAAUGAAAACAAGCCUGUUACGCCAAAUUAUCAAUGGAAUAAUCGACUGCCUUUUCGGUUUUAA